AUGCCUGCGGUCCCUGCUCUGAUUCACUUCGCGAUGGAUGGUCUCCGUCAUUUGCUGAGCAAGGACGGAUACGCUUCUUGGCAUCGAACAAAAGGUAUGACCGAGACCACACGACGAUGUUUCGCGUUGACGGUCAGAGAAAGCCGCUCCUCAGAGUCACUCAUCGCCCAGCGCAGCAGUGCAGAACAGGCAGACAUCGCUUCACCGCUCUUUCAGCUUUCCGGCGCAGUCACACACUCACAUCUCAAGUCGGAUUUGAUAUUCGAGAGCGCGACACUGGCGACUGGCGCCUGGCGCCGGCAGACGGCUGCAAACGAACAACACACAACUCACAACCGACACGAACUUUACCUGCGAGGAACAGUAAGAGGAGCGAGUAAGCGGCGAACAACGACGCAAAUCCGGCUCUCAUCUUCGGCACGUGCACUGGUCAAGCUGACAACGGACAAAGAAACGACCGGUGGUCAACGCGGUUCGAUUCGUUUGUUUACCGGGUGCGUCACCGUGGUCACCGUAGUCACCGGUGCUGUGGCCCCCGUCAACCAUCCGACGCACGGCAAUUCGUCACGCAAGCCGGAUGUGUCGUGUCAGUCGAUCAAUCGAUCGAUGACCAUCCUGCUGACCAGCGGUCGCAGUAUCUGUGUGACCGCUUGCACGUUCACUUUGACCGUCGACUGA